GCGCUGUAAGUGACGGUUGAAGAUGGCGGCGGCGGCGGCGCUGCGGACCGCGAGAGGAUCCUUGAGGCACGUCCUUUCUCUGGCACACAGAAAUGUCCCAAGAGACCCAUGUGUUGCACAGCUCGUCUCCCGGUUUUCCACCUUCAACCUCCGACAUAUUAAACCACCAGCCGUUUCCACAAUAGCCAACCUGACAUCUCCUUUGCGGAAUAACCUUAUCUGUGGGCAUGAAUCCUUUGUUCUCAAGAGUGGAUCCCCUCCCAUUCCACGUUUCCAGCAAUCAGUGAGAACACUCACCUAUUUCGGUUUGCGUAGAGGAAAGCGGAAAACCGUCAAAGCUGUUGUGAAGCGGUUCCUGCGACUGCAUUGCGGCCUCUGGGUGAGAAGGAAGGCGGGCUACAAGAAAAAACUUUGGAAGAAAUCAGCCGACAGGAAGCGACGUCUCCGACAGCACGUCUUCUGUAACAGAACGCAAAGCAAGCUGCUUGAUAAGAUGACCACAGACUUCUGGAAAAGGCGGAAUUGGUACGUCAACGAUCCGUACCAGAUGUACCACGAUCGCACAAACCUGAAGGUUUGAGACCUUGGUUUGUGCGUGGGAGAGGGGCAGAUUUUUUAAAAAUCAUUAUUGGACAAUCCAUUCAUCUACGAUCAAGAGGGUUGCCUGUCAUGAGCCCUCUUUGGACUGUCUUCCCCGGAUGGCAGGAAUGUAUUUAUCUGUGGAAGUCAAAACUUUAGGAUUAUGCACUCGUUGUCUCUUGUCACCCUGAUUACAUACUUUUAAAUCAAGUUUCACUUCUUCAGUGAUCGAGAAUAAAACUUCCAAAAUUU